CCCAAUAGGUGGGGUGCCAAACCAAAUUCCCGUUCAAAGGUGCCAGGAAUCUCCUUCAUUGACGAACCCGCCACGAUUCGCUUCGAAAAUUUUCAUGGCCUCCACCGAUCAAUGUCAACCGCAGUUUCAUCAUCUUCUCUGAUUGUUCACAAGUUAGUUGUAACCCUUCCACCAUUGAUUCUACCUUCAUAGCUAUCUGCACUACACUGGUUUGGUUUCUAUCUCAAUGGACACAAGAAAACUGCUACCCCUUUUGAGAACCUGUGUGAAUUCCAAUUCACUGAAGCAAGGCAAGCAAAUCCAUCAAAGGGUUGUAACAUUGGGCUUACAAAAUGAUAUUUUCUUAUGCAAGAACCUCAUUGGUUUAUACAUUUCAUGCCACUUGUUUGAUUCUGCAAAGCAUGUUUUUGAUGCCAUUGAAAACCCAUCUGAGAUUUCUCUGUGGAAUGGCCUAAUGGCUGGUUACACUAAGAAUUACAUGUAUGUAGAAGCCCUUGAGCUUUUUCAGAAGCUGGUACAUUACCCUUACUUAGAGCCUGGUAGUUAUACUUACCCUAGUGUUCUUAAGGCCUGCGGCGGGCUGUGUAGGGCCGUCUUGGGAAGAAUGAUUCAUACAUGUUUGAUAAAAACUGGGCUUGUGGCGGAUGUUGUAGUUGCGAGCUCUCUUGCGGGUAUGUAUGCUAAAUGCAGUGCACUUCAGCAUGCUAUACAGGUGUUUGAUGAAAUGCCUGAGAAGGAUGUGGCGAGCUGGAAUAAUGUGAUUUCUUGUUAUUACCAAAGCGGGAGAUUUGAAGAGGCUUUGCGGUAUUUUGGCUUGAUGAGAAGAUCUGGAUUUGAGCCUGAUUCAACUACAAUCACCGCCGCUAUUUCCUCGUGUGCUAAACUUUUGGAUUUGGACAGGGGAAGGGAAAUUCAUAAGGAGUUAGUUGAUACUGGGUUUCCGAUGGAUAGUUUCGUUAGCUCUGCACUUGUUGGCAUGUAUGGUAGCUGCGGUGACCUAGAAAUGGCCAUAGAGGUUUUUGAGAAGAUUCCUAAAAAGACUGUUGUUUCUUGGAAUUCCAUGAUUACAGGAUAUCGGGUGAAAGGUGACAGCAUUUCGUGCAUUCAACUUUUUAAGAGGAUGUACAAUGAGGGGAUCAAGCCAACUUUGACUACUUUAAGCACUAUAAUAAUGGCUUGUUCACGAUCAGCCCAAUUAUUAGAGGGGAAGUUUGUACACGGAUAUAUAAUACGAAACAGGAUACAACCUGACGUAUAUAUAAAUAGCUCACUCAUGGAUCUAUACUUCAAAUGUGGAAAGGUAGGGUCAGCUGAAAACAUAUUUAAAUUAAUACCGAACACAACCGCUAAUUUCUGGAAUGUUAUGAUUUCCGGAUAUAAGGCUGAAGGCAAUUUUUUUAAAGCCCUUGACCUCUUUAGUAAAAUGAGAGAAUCAUAUGUUGAACCAGAUGCGAUUACAUUUACCAGUAUUUUAGGAGCUUGUUCACAACUAGCAGCACUGGAUAAUGGUAAAGAGAUUCACAAGCUUAUUACUGAGAGAAAUUUGGAAAACAAUGAAGUGGUUAUGACGGCUCUCUUUGAUAUGUAUGCAAAGUGUGGCUCUAUAGAUGAAGCAUUUUGUGUUUUUAAAUGUUUGCCAGAAAGAGAUCUGGUGUGCUGGACUUCCAUGAUUACUGCUUAUGGGUCUCAUGGUCGAGCCUCUGAAGCUUUAGAGCUUUUUGCUGAAAUGCUGCAGACAAAUGUAAAACCUGAUAGAGUAACUUUUCUUGCAAUAUUAUCUGCUUGUGGCCAUGCUGGGUUGGUUGAUGAGGGAUGCUAUCAUUUUAAUCAAAUGAUCAAUAUUUACGGUAUUAAACCUGGAGUUGAACAUUAUUCAUGCUUGAUUGAUCUUCUUGCGCGUGCUGGAAGGUUGCAGGAAGCAUAUCAGAUUCUGCAAAAAAACCCUGAAAUCAAGGAUGAUGUUGGAUUGUUAAGCACAUUAUUUUCUGCAUGUCGUUUGCACAGAAAUCUUGAUUUGGGGGUUGAAAUUGCAAAUGUACUUAUUGACAAGGAUCCUGAUGAUCAAUCAACCUAUAUUAUCUUAUCAAACAUGUAUGCUUCUGCGCAUAAAUGGGAUGAGGUCCGCAUUGUGAGAUCAAAGAUGAAAGAGCUUGGAUUAAAGAAGAACCCAGGGUGUAGUUGGAUAGAGAUUAACCAGAAGAUCCAUCCUUUCUUUGCUGAAGACAAUUCACAGUAUCAUCUGGAAUUGGUUAAUAUAUGCCUUUCAUAUCUCACUGCUCACAUGGAAGAUGAGUCUAAACCAUUUAUGUAUCAUGUUGAUAUUAAAGCAUGUGCCAGUCCUCAAAUUAGCAAACAAGGAUAAGCUUACCAGCUGGAUAUAAUGAGGAUCCUGAGACAAUGAUCUUUGGUUAACCUCUGAUGAAGCAUUUAAUGCCCAAGUCAACAUAUUCAUCCCAACAAGGAGAUGGGAAGAAGUACCAGCAACUAGAAGAAACUCCCUAGAUUAUCAGAUAGCUUGAAGAGGCUAUUGAAACAACUUUUGUGAUACGUUUGAGAGGCUAUUGAAAUGACUACUCUGUUUAGCCUGAAGAGUCGGACGUACUUGUAACUUUACGAAGGGAGAUUUUCAGUCUGUAUCAUCAGAGGAGGGGUGGCUGAGACCUCACAAGAACUUUGUGAAGUUGAAUGUGGAUGGAUCAAUCUUCAUUAACUAUGAUGCAGGUUGUAGGAGAGUGUUAAGGGAUCGUUCUGGCAGAUGGCUAUUGGGGUUUUGCAAAAAAUUGGGCACAUCUUACAUUUUGAUGGCAGAACUUUGGGACCUUUCUUGGGCUGCUUGCGUCUCAGAGUAGUUUAGAUGAUCCUCUUCAGCUUUCAUUUGGGGUUUCCCCUCCUUCUUUACCCCCCAAAAAAAAUAGUAUUAAGGUUAAAAAUUUAUUUAUUGGGAUUUGGGACAAUAAGUUUUCCACUAAUUUACCACGUAACAAGUUUUUAAGUUUUAUAUGCAUUCCACCUUUAUGCUUUAUUUGGAUGUAGAUGAAAAAUGUGAGGAAAGAAUAUGGGAUGAAGGAAUACUAUAGAAAAGAGUAUAAAAGAAAAAUUAAGUGAUUUUUAAGGUGUUUAGACUGAGAGUGGAGAGGAAAAAAAUGAAAGGAAAAAUGAUAGUAAUGAAAAUGAAUGUGAUAGAUAAUUACCAUUUCAUAUCUCAUUAUUAUAGAUUAUUGUAUUUUAUGAUUUCUACAUUAAAUUUAAAAGUUAAUAAUAUUACUAUAGUUUUUUUAAAGUAUCUCUAAAAAUUUCGACAUAUCUCUGCAAU